AUGACCCCUCAACACCCCCUCCCCCCACCAUUCUCCACCUCCCCCUCCCCCUUCACCCUCAUAAUCCAAGGCGCCGAAUCCCUCCUCUACCACACCACCUCCCCCAACAACCCGACCGAACCCUGCGCCUUGAAAAUCCGCCCCUCGAAACUCUGGCGCCACCCACUCCUCGACAAACGUCUCACCAAACAACGCAUCCUAGCUGAAUCGCGCGUUUUGGUGAAAUUAUCCCAAAGUUUGACGACGGGGCAGACCCGGCAGCUGUUUUCUGUUCCUGCGGUUUUGGGCAUGGAUUGGGAAAAUGGGUGGUUGGCACUUGAGUGGAUUGAGGGGAGGACUGUGAAGGCUGUUAUUCGAGGACGGAGGGAUGGAAGGGAGGAGGAUAAUGAAGAGGAAGGGUUGAAAUCCAUGAUGAGAAGAAUUGGAAUCGCCGUCGCCACGUUGCAUUCUUUGGGGAUUGUACAUGGGGAUCUCACGACUAGUAAUCUUAUGCUGAGGGGGAAUAAUGUUGAUGAUGGAGGGUUUGAGGGGGAGGUGGUGGUGAUUGAUUUUGGAUUGAGUGGGCAGAGUGUGCAGGAGGAGGAGCGGGCGGUGGAUUUGUAUGUGUUGGAACGGGCGUUUGGGAGUACGCAUCCUAGAGAGGAGGGGCUGUUUGGGGUCGUUUUGGAGGGGUAUUUGGAGGGUGCUGGUGGGAAGUGGGGGAGGGGCGUGUUGAGGCGGUUGGAGGAUGUGAGGAUGAGGGGCAGGAAGAAGAGUAUGAUUGGGUGA